AUGGAGACAAAUUGGAUCAUGCAGAUGGUGUUCCUCUUAGCUCAGACCUUGGUGAGUUGCUUUCUUUCCCUGAAGUUACUCAUACAGUAUAAUAAAGGUGUUUUUCUUCUUCUUUUUCAAUAUGCAUAUGCAAAGCACACAUAUUACAUUACCGACACCAUCAAAAUCAGGUCAGGCCUCAGAUUUUCAUGCUUUUCACUCCGCUAGCAUAUCAAUCCCUCAAAAAAAAAAAAAAACACCAGAAAAUAAUAAUCUGAAAACUGGCAUUUCUCCUGUGGAUCAAGCCAAUGAAUUUAUAAAUUUCUGCAAGCUUUAAACAUUUCAGCUAUGAAACAAUGUGCUGUGUCUAAUGCGCCUGGUUCCACUGCUGCAAUGGGAUUUUUAUUUCCUCCCCCUGUGUGCCCCCCAACUUUCUGGAGCUGAUUUUGAGGGUGCAUGAAGCGGCUGGAGGCAACAGGAGAGGAAGAGGAAGCUCUGGGCAUGCACAAGAUCUGUGGUGGCAGUGGAACAGCCCCAUCUCAGAGAACCCACUAUUCUUUCUGUCCCUUAAAAAGUGAAUUCCCAGUUGCAAACUGCAGUGGAAAGUCAUUAUCUCACAAGGAAAUCGGUCUUGUUAAGUCUUAGUUAAUUGUGGGAAUUUGAUCAAUGAAUAGAUCUCAUUUGCAUAAAUUUGCAUACGGACAAAAAGUGUUUCCGCCACCUGCAUAUUUUAAACUGGCACAGGCAUAUGACUACAUUUAAAGAGUCAUGCCUGCUGCGCAAGAGAAAUGGUGGAAGGGUAGAGCCUUGUAAGUUGUGACCAAUGGUUUUUACAGGUAGACGCAUUAACCUCUUUUUAAAAAUCUCCUGCCUGGUUUCUUGGAAGAAGCCUCUUUAAUCGCUUGGAAUAUUUCGCCCCACUUAUUCUAACUAAUUAAUCGAUGAAAUACUGCAUCCCUCCUGAGAACGGUGGCAAUUUCUUUCUCCCUUUCUAUUCAGAUUUUUGUCACGGCGGUUCCGGACGAGAAUGCAACCAAGGAAGGUUAUAUAAAAGAGGAUACGAACGCAACCGAAGAUAUCUAUGGACUAAGCGUAACUGUGAAUAAAAUCAUGACAGCACAGUUUGAAUGUUACCAGAAAAUUAUGCAAACACCUUCUCAAAAGAAUGAAGGUAAAAAAAAAAGAAACCUGAAAUGUUAUUUUUUUAAAAAAAAAAAAACCUGAACAAACCCAUAUAUUCUGAAUGAAAGCAUUGUAUCUGUUGUUACUUAAAAUUACAUUCUGAAAAACAAAGGCAAUCCCCAUGCAAGCAUAAUAUCUCAUUCAAACCCCUGUAAUUAUAGGAUUCUAGAGUUGUAGCCCCUGCCAAUGCAGGAAACCGACUUGUACAGUCUUCCUGGUAGGACGCCAUCCAGUCUCUGCUUAAAAAGCACUCUUGAUGCCUUAUGUACCGUACUUUUCCGUGUAUAAGACGAGGUCUUUUUUACUGUAAAACAAUGUUCAAAAUUGGGGCUUGUCUUACACAUGGAUAGUGUGGAGGGGGGACUGGCGAUUGGUUGCCAGCGGCGAUUGGGUGGGCGAUUGGUGCCUGCGGCAAGGGCUGCUUUGGAUUGGCUGCUGCUGUGUCCAUUGGGUUGGCGAUCGGUGGCUGCGGCAAGGGCUGCUGUGGAUUGGCUUCCGCUGCUGCAAUUGUAGGUGCGCUUGCCAGCUGCUGGUGGCGAGCGGGCAGACGCUCUGUGGCUUUCAUGAUGCGUGCGAUCGGCAGCGUUUGUCAGUCUGGUGAGUGAUUUUUGGCAUCCCCACCCCCAAAAAAGCUCAACAACUAUGGGCAACCCUCCCCAAAAUUGGAGUCCCCCAAAACACAUAGGGGCGUCUUAUACACGGAAAAAUAUGGUAUUAAGGAUCCCUCGCAAACAGUUCAGAGGAGGAGAGAAAGAACAUGAAGCAAACAAACUCAGGGAGUUGAAAGGUGCAGCACACGGUACAUGGAAUUACAUAUUUUUAGAAAUUAUCCUAAUUAAAUCAGGGUUUUGAAAUUGUGGACUGCAGGUCUCAGCAAAUCAAUGAGACCUAAAAGAGAUGGGACCAUGCAGACCUUCCACCCCUAAUUUUGACCAGCUGCAUCGGAGGCCCUGGCAGAGCAAACCAGUUUGUCACGUAGCUUCACUCUAGCAUUCUGCUUCAUGUAUAUAUUUAAAUUUUCCGUUUUACAAUUCAAAAUACUCAUUUUACAUCCUUAAGAUAGCAAUGACUUCCCUUCUUCUCUUUCCAUGGUUCAUUUUACCUAUCACAAAUCCCUGCAUAUUUUACAAAAACUAUACCAACUCAGUAUUCCGUUAUUGUACCCAUCAAAACUUGUUUACGCCGUUGAAUUUAUCUUAAUGCUGCCAGCUUUUCCAACUGUAUACAGUUAUUUCCCAAUGUAUUCAACCAACGAUUUCCAAUCUUCUUUAAAUGCAUGUACUUCUUGUUCUCUUAUUCUGUGUGUUAAGUCUGCAAAUUGUGCAUAUUCUGUUGCCAUUCUUUUUAAGUUGCCAUUCUUCUUUAGUUGGGACCUUGCUCGUUUUCCAUUUUUGGGCCAGUGCGUUUUUCUUUCUGUUUGGGGGCUAAUAGCAUUCUGCUUCUUGGUCAUGUUACUGUCAAACUUCUGCCUUCUGGAAGAAGGUACAGGGUUAUAAAGACUAGGACUAGCUCCCUGAGAAACAGUUUCUAUCCAAAAGCAAUUUUGGUUUUAAAUGCAAUGUAAGGUGGCGCUGUGGGUUAAACCACAGAGCCUAGGACGUGCCGAUCAGAAGGUCGGCAGUUCGAAUCCCCGUGAUGGGGUGAGCUCCCGUUGCUCGGUCCCUGCUCCUGCCAACCUAGCAAUUUGAAAGCACGUCAAAGUGCAAGUAAACAAAUAGGUAUCUCCCCGGCGGGAAGGUAAACGGUGUUUCUGUGCACUGCUCUGGUUCUCCAGAAGCGGCUUAGUCAUGCUGGCCACAUGACCCAGAAGCUGUACGCUGGCUCCCUCGGUCAAUAAAGUGAGAGGAGCGCCACAACCAUAGAGUCUGUCACGACUGGACCUAAUGGUCAGGGGUCCCUUUACCUUUACCUUUAUGGGAGUAUAUUGUAUUUAAAACUGGGGUAUCAGAGUUUUUAGGGGGCUAACCAGGUUGUGAUAGCAGGCUGGUUGGUUUUUGAAUGUCUUAUGUAGAUUUUUCAAUUUCGUUGUUCUGUAUGGGACAAUGACAAUAAAGAUUAUCGUAUCGUAUCGUAUCAUAUCAUAUCGUAUCGUAUCGUAUUGUAGGUGACAGAGCCUCAAGAGCUCCCAAUAAUCUAUAGAUACUCAAGAGGAUAUGGUAGUGAUGUUUGAAAGCCCAGAUGAAACAGAUGUAGUGGUCAUGGGGGAAGGUUUUUUAUUUACAUCGAAAACAGAUAUGUAGCCAUUGCAAAUCCACUGGACUUGAUCCAAAGGUCAGCUUCCUGGAACAGAAGGAGUCCUUCUGUCAAAGGAAGUCUCCUUCCGCAGGAGGGCAUUCUUCAUGGUGACUUAGGAUCAAACACUUCAUAACUUCUUCUCUCGUCUUUUGCUUAGGUCCUCAUUGCAAUAGGACAUGGGAUGGCUGGUUGUGCUGGGAUGAUACUGCUUUGGGGAAAACAGUCGUCCAGAACUGCCCUGAUUACUAUCAGGACUUUGACCCCUCAGGUAAAUCUCUGCCAGUGAGGAAAUGUAUUAAAAUGUGAAUGAGUCUCACCAAUACCACAAGGAAGAUGCUGUUUGUGGUGCUGCUCUUGUGCCUUUCUAAAAGCCACUCUCUUGCCCAUUUAAGACCAGACUUAGACCAACAUUGGUUCCUUCACAUUGUACCAGUCAGAGGGCCUUCUCAGUAGUGGCACCCGCCCUGUGGAACACCCUCCCAUCAGAUGUCAAGGAAAUAAACAACUGCCUGACUUUUAGAAAACAUCUGAAGGCAGUCCUGUUUAGGGAAGUUUUUAAAGUAUGAUCGUGUUUUUAAUAUUCUAUUGGGAGCCACCCAGAGUGGCUGGGAAAACCCAGCCAGAUGAAUGGAGUAUAAAUAAAUUAUUAUUAUUAUUACUAUUAUUAUUAUUAUUAUUAUACCUAACUACAGAUGGGCAAAUGGGUUAAUUUCAGUUUCCCCCACUUUCUCAUUUUUCGAGUCUUAGGUCUGGUUCUUUGCAUUCCCACAUCACUUUGCAUUUUUAAAAAAUAUUUUUUAAAGUGCCUUGCUUGGCUACCGAGUUGUCUUUAGCUUGAAAGGAUUUAAGUUCUGUAGGCCGGAAUAUAUUGUGCACUUUUUCUCUUGAUGCUGAAAUGCCAAACCAGGGCAGAAUUGUCAUUCACCCAGAGGUGAGACAACAAGGUUAGGACAGCCAAGUGGUUUGUUCGAAGCCUCCUAAACUGCACUGGAGCCCAAGGGUGAGAGUGGAUCCCGCAAGACCAUCUUGCGCCUAAAUAAUGCCAUUUGAACUUUGUGCUUCAAUUCAACAGUUAUUGGACAUUUAUGCCAUUUAAUUUGUAAUGACUGCUCCCCGCAUAAAACGGGGGGCGACCUUUGCGUGGACGCGCACAGCCCCUGGAUCUUGAGCGGCUCCAUCAACACAGGCUUGGCUUUGCCUUCCCUCAGGUGGGAUACCUGGAGGUCUCUGCCUACCUCAGUCAGUUGUCCAAUCCCACCUGGGGGAAGCGUUGCCAAGGAGAUCAGGCCAGGUAGGGGAGGAAUUACCUGCCCACACAAUAGAGGGAGGAUCUUACCUGGGAAUUUGUAAUAUACUAUAGGGCAGUGAGUGUUUCAUUUAUGUGAAAAGUUGUCAUGAUUAUAAUCCAGGAUGCAAUUAUGUAUGUUUACAACCCACUUUAAUGCAUGUUUCUCUAUUUCAAUGUGAGUGCACAGAACCGUUGUGCUGCGUUAUUGCGUUAAUGCAACCUCAAGUGAUAUAUUCGCAUUUACUUCCCAAGUCAAAUAAUGAGAUAGAUCAGGUUGGUUUGUUUUUCAAUUUCUCUGAAAUUUUGGCAUCUUCUUUUAUUUUUCUACAUCUACUUGUUAAAUACAGAAACAAGAGUAAUGACUAUGUGUGUGUUUUUCCCCUCCUUAAUUUUCCGUAACAAGAAAAAGUUUUUAAGACCUGUGAAGAAAAUGGGCAAUGGUUUGUACAUCCCGAAAGCAACAGAACAUGGACAAACUACACGCGCUGUAGUUUAGGAGUAAAUGAUAAAGUGCAGGUAGGCUGAAAAAUGAAUAUUAUCGGGGGAUGGGAUCCAUUUCAAAAGCACAUGGAACUGAUGUUGUUAUGGCAUCAUGCGCCUUUUGAUAUGCAACCUUUGUUUUUCACCGCCGUUGUAUUUCAGGGAAGUUUGAAAUGCAUGGAGUAUUUUACCAAAUGGUUACUAUUGGUUUUACUCAUGGGUAGGCAAACUAAGACCCGGGGGCCGGAUCCAGCUCAAUCACCUUCUAAAUCCAGUCCGUGGACGGUCUGGGAAUCAGCAUGUUUUUACAUGAGUAGAAUGUGUGCUUUUAGUUAAAAUGCAUCUCUGGGUUAUUUGUGGGGCACGGGAAUUCGUUCAUUUAUUUAUUUUUCAAAAUCUAGUCCGGCCCCCCACAAGGUCUGGGGGACAGUGGACCGGCCCCCUGCUGAAAAAGUUUGCUGACCCCUGGCUCUUUUAUUGCCCCUUCCAAUUGGGCAGAUAGUAAUGCAUUCUAUAGAGAGAGGGGCUCACAAAUUAGUGAGGGCAGGAUCAUAAACAGUUGUUGUUUUUAAGGAACUGCUGCAUGUUGGAGGGGAGACAUUAGCAGUUUUCAUGAGUUUUUAUUUGAUAAAGGUACAUUAGAAACGUGAUAGAAACUUACCAAUCCUUGAAGCAGUCUCUUUUUUGUUAUAUUUUUACUGCGGGUGAGGGUUCACCCCAGCAGCGCUGAAUUAUUUACCAAAAUACAGUGGUACCUCGGGUUACAGGCGCUUCAGGUUACAGACUCUUCAGGUUACACACUCCGCUAACCCAGAAAUAGUACCUCAGGUUAAGAACUUUGCUUCAGGAUGAGAACAGAAAUUGUGUGGCGGCAGCGGGAGGCCCCAUUAGCUAAAGUGGUGCUUCAGGUUAAGAACAGUUUCAGGUUAAGAACGGACCUCCGGAACGAAUUAAGUUCUUAACCCGAGGUACCACUGUAUUGUGCAGAACAGUCUUCCCAUUACAACAUCCUUCCAUAGAGUAUGUCCGUGUUCUCUUUACAGAAUAGAAUCCAACCUCCACUCUGCCCUUUGGGUGAAAAUAAUAUUCCUCUGGCUAUUAUGCAGAAGCACUGAGUGCUGGCUGCCAUGAAGCACACAUUUGACACCUUAAGAGAUCAUAGAGAUGAGAGGCCAGUUAAUCUGGUAGAUUAGACUUCCCAGUCUACAAGCUACACUACGCCACCUGAUGCCCUUCUUGAUCCUUAAGCCCACUUUCUCCAUGGUGGACGAAGGCUUGGGAAAACUCAUUGCUCCCUUCUAGGUUCUUACAGGCCCAAGCAGACUUGUGAGAAUGAUGCUGAAAGGACUGUCAAGUCCUUUAUGCUGGCUUCAAGAAGCUUGCGGGUGGAAUAAUCCACUUUGAGUCCCGACCAGAAAAGAAUGGCAGAUUAAGCUGAUGGAUUAAUGCCGAAAUGGCGACCGGCAGAAUCAGAAAUCAGAAAGACCAAAAUUUUAAUAAAGAAUGGGGGGAAAUUAUAAUUUAUCUUAAAAACCAUUGUAAACAUUUAAAAUUGUUAGUAGGAUUGGAAUAACACUUGUAAUUUAAUGGUGAAUUAAGGAUAUAAUGGAGAUAUAGAAGAUUUGGAUUAUCAUAAAAGAUGCAGGAGGAAAUGACUGACAUUAGAACCCACAAAGGGCAGGAGGGAAGUCCAGGAGAUUCAUUGGAAUCUUGUUUUUAUGUUGUAUGUUCGAUAUGUGAUUGUAAAACUGUAAUUUGAAAAACCAAAUAAAUAUUUUAAAAAAAAAGAAUCCACUUCGAAGACACUUUUGCACUGUGAUCUCCUAGGCAGUGAAAACUGGUGCCUAUUGGAAUUGGUAGGACAAAGGCAAGGAGGUCCAUAGUCAAUGAGUGGCACAGCCAACUAAUUCUAGUUUUGUUCUAAUCCUCCUCUCUUUUGAUUUUGAAAAGGGCAGUACUAAGUCUCAGGCUGUGUACACAUUACCAUUGACUCUGCACCCAGCACUGGGGGAUAUAAUUAAAUAUUCUGUUUUACAAUUUAGAAUAUUCAUUUAAACAACCUUAUCAGUGACUUCCCUUCUUCUCUUUCCAUGGUUCCUUUUGCAUAAAUCCCUGCACAUUUUAUAUAAACUAAACCAUUCAAUAUUCCAUUAUUACUUCCUUCAAAACUUAUUAUCUUAAUGCUGCCAACGUUUUCAAGUGUGCACAGUCGUCUCCCCCAGCAUUUUCCAAUCUUCCUUAAACAAAUGUUCUUCUUGUAAAGUGGUAGCUCGGGUUACAUACGCUUCAGGUUACAGACUUCGCUAACCCAGAAAUAAUACCUCGGGUUAAGAACUUUGCUUCAGGAUGAGAACAGAAAUUGUGCUCCGGCGGUUCGGUGGCAGCAGGAGGCCCCAUUAGCUAAAGUGGUGCUUCAGGUUAAGAACAGUUUCAGGUUAAGAACAGACCUCCAGAACGAAUUAAGUACUUAACCCGAGGUACCGCUGUACUCUUAUUCUAUAAGUUAGAUCUGCAAGCUGAACAUAUUCCAUCAGUUUAAGUUGCCAUUCUUCUUCGGUGGGAUCUUGCUCGUUUUCCAUUUUUGGGCUAACAAAACACAGGCCGAUGUAGUGGCAUACAUAAAUAACGCACCACUGGUUUUUGAAGCCAUGAAUGCACAACAUUAACCACAAUCCGUAUCUAUCCUGAAGUUUCUUGAGAUAUUUCUCGAUAUGUUUUCCCUCAAACCAGCUUCCGUCCGAACGGAAAACUUAAAGGCAUGUUCACUGUGCAGUUAAGGCAAAUUGUGUACGGUUGAGACAGCCAUUGCACAUACGCAGAUGACAGCAUAUAUGCCGAUGACAGCUUCACAACUGGGAGUCGGCAGAGGGGUGCCUAGCCUGACCCAGUCUCUACCCACUGGUGUGGACAGGCAAUGGGUGGCUUAGAAGCACAUUGGACCUUACUGAUGUGCACCACAUCGUGCAAAUGUGACUUGAAACACAAUGGGGGGGAACAACUUUGCUGGUUUUAAGCCAGUAUUGUGUACGUAGCCUAAGGAUGGCAGGUGAUGCCACCCACAGGAAGGAAGGCAGGAAGGUGGCUAACUGAUGGUUUACUGAGCUAGGGAUGCAGGUGGCGCUGUGUUCUAAACCAAUAAGCCUCUUGGGCUUGCCGAUCAGAAGGUCGGCAGUUCGAAUCCCUGCAAUGGAGUGAGCUCCCGUUGCUCUGUCCUAGCUCCUGCCAACCUAGCAGUUUCUAAGCACACCAGUGCAAGUAGAUAAAUAGGUACCGCUGCAGCAGGAAGGUAUAUGGCAUUUCCAUGCAUUCUGGCUUCCGUCAUGAUGUUCCGUUGUGCCAGAAGCGGUUUAGUCAUGCUGGCCACAUGACCUGGAAAGCUGUCUGUGGACAAACGCCAGCUCCCCCAGCCUGAAAGCAAGAUGAGCACCGCAACCCCAUAGUCGCCUUUGACUGGACUUAACUGUCCAGGGGUCCUUUACCAUUACCUUUUACCAACUGAGCUUGGUAGACCAGUGCCCCAUUCACUAUAAUGGACCAACAGCCUAGCGGCACUGAUUGUGAAAGAGUGCUGGGCCAUUCUGCCCACUGGUUCCAUGGAAUAGACGACAAAUCCUACCAAUGAGCAUUUAAGAGUGAAGCUCCCCUCACCCUGCCCCGGCAUCCUAAUCUUCAAGCUGUUUUGUUGAAUGGAGCAUAGCCAACUAUAAAAGGUGUUUGAUGUUUGGGAAACACAUUUUGUUUAAUGACAGCUUGAGACCCAUGAAGUUCCUAUUGGGUUACAGUGCAGUUGGUCUCAUGGAUUUUGCAAGGUCUAUUAAUAUAGGCCUUGAUCACCCUGUGGCUUCCUUGCAAGCUGGUGUGGGUGUGGGUGUGUGGGUGUGGGUGUGUGGGUGUGGGUGUGUGUGUGAGAGAGAGAGAGAGAGAGAGAGAGAGAGAGAGAGAGAGAGAGAGAGAGAGAUUUAACCUGUUAAGUGCUCGUGAUCUCAAAGUUACAUGAGAGCCUCUUGUAAAAUAAAGGAUCGAGAAGCAGGCAUGCAGCAAUCUCUUUUAGAACCAGCCUGCGUCUUUUGUGGUCCUCAGAAUUGAGUAUAGUCUCAUAUACCCUAACUCAGUGGUCAGCAAACCUUUUCAGCAGGGGGCCGCUCCACUGUCCCUCAGACCUUGUGGGGGGCCAGACUAUAUGGCGGGGGGGGGGGGAAUGAACAAAUUCCUAUGCCCCACAAAUAACCCAGAGAUGCAUUUUAAAUAAAAGGACACAUCCUACUCAUGUAAAAACACGCUGAUUCCUGGACCGUCCGUGGGCCGGAUUUAGAAGGCGAUUGGGCCGGAUCCAGCCCCCGAGCCUUAGUUUGCCUGCCCAUGCAGUAAUCCAUGUUUGUGCAACCUGCAAAGUCCUUGAUGGCGAUUCCCUUUGUGCUUAGAAGUCCCAGCAAGCAGUAAUAACCAGAGGCAGGCUCCAGUUCAUCGUAAUGUCUCACAAGCUUUUCAGGCCAGAUUUUAAAGUGAAUACCAUAUUUUUUGCUCUAUUAGAUGCACCGGAUGAUAGGACGUGCCUAGUAUUUAGAGGGGGAAUGCAAGAAAAAAAGUAUUCUUUGAAGGGAGCGCUGAGCAGAGCCUGGAUGCAUCCCAGGCUCUGCUCAGCGCUCCCUUUCACUAGCUGCGUGGAAUGGGGGGGCAUGCAGGCUUUCCCCCGUCUCUUGGGGGCUUUUCUGGGAGGUGGGGGAAGGGACAGAGCCACGCACUCUGUCCCUUCCCCCACCUCCCACAAAAGCCAGGGAUAGCCGCACAAAGCCUCCGCAGGGCAGCGGGAUGAAGGCUCCCCGUGCCCUGCGGAGGCUUCACAGGCUACCCCAGAAGCCAGAACAGCUAGAGGGAGUGCUGCGCAGUGCUCCCUCUAGCUGUUCUAGCUUCUGGCUUAGCCACGCGAAGGCUCCCAGUGUCCUUUUCCCCGUGAAGGCUCCCUGUGCCCUGCAGAAGCUUCGCAGCCCUUCUCCUCGGGGAAAAGCCCCAAAGAGCCGCACACACGCUCCACGGCUCUUUAAAGGGAGCGCUGAGCAGAGCCUCCCGCCUGCAUUCACUCCAUAAGACGCACACACAUUUCCCCUUACUUUUUAGGAGGGGAAAAGUGUGUCUUAUAGAGCAAAAAAUACGAUACAUUUUUGGGACUUGUGUUGAUCAUGGAGGCCAGCUCUGCUUUCUGGCACGAGGGCCAGAAGCAGCCGUCAGCAGAACUGGACUAGUCCUAGAAUGCCUCACCAGCACAGAACCUGGGAAUCUCCCAAAGAGAGUUUUAGGGACCGAGAAGAGAUAUGGGAUCUCCCAGUCAAUGUCCUAAGUGGUUUAUGCUGAGAACCACAGCGUAGUCCCUUAACCGCUAUUUGCCAAUCGGUGAAUGCCGGCAAACAGAUGCAAGAGACGCCACUCCAAGCUUGAUACAGAUGUGAUUAAUUCAGAAAUAUAUAUUCCACCAGUUACCAUGAGUAUCAGAUUAUCUCAUCUGCAUUUGCACCAGCUUCCAUUUAUUUCUCCUUCUCUCUUAUUUUUUUUUUUUAAAAAAAACUGAUGUAAAAGUAUUAGUUCAGUAUGUCAAUCACAGUUUAUUUAGGUGUCUUUCAUUUGCUGUUUUAAGAUCCUCUUGCGGUACACAUGGAUUUCAUCGAAGCACUUUAGAAGCACGUUCAUUUGCAGAACAUUUGUAAUGGGCUCAAUAUGAGAUGGAUCAAGUUUAAUGCAUAGCUGUACUCAAUAAAGUAAACUCAAGUUAUGCAACAGCAGACGAGUAUUUUUUUAAAAAAAGAUUGCAGUAUGAAAUAAUGGCUGCUGUUCUCAAAAUGCAGUGUGCCCCCGCCCCCCGGCUUCAAAGAAGCCACCUGCAAAUAAGCAAAGUUGAACAAAAAGCUGAACAUGAUUCCUGUUACAGCUUUUAUUGGCGUGGAGGUGGGGGGGUGGGGGGUUCAGGGGUCUUUGGAUCUGAAGGAGCUUAUCAUUUAGCUCUGUAGCUCGGUGUCCAAUGUGCCUGACAGCAAAAAAAAAAAAUAACAAUAUAGCAAAACCACAUAAUAAACUACUGAAAGCGGUAGCGGAAGAAAACAGAUUAAAAAAACAAACACCUGGCAAAUCAACAAGAAGCUCAGCGAAACGGAAAACUAUCGCGGGCUUGAGCUGGGACGUAGCUUGGGUUGCUGGCACCCGGGGGUGGGGCAGCGGUCAGUCCCUUCUCUGGCCAGUGUCUAAUCCACGGAGUCUUUUCUCUAAAACCAGCCCCAACCUGGCAGCAGAGAUAAGGCAGAGAAACACAAAGCUAGGAGUGCCGCUAUGUCGCUUCACCUUUCUGUGCUUGCAGUGAGGCUCUCUAGGCAGUGCACAGGGCUCUAGCAGUGCUUUCUUGCCUUGCUCUUCCUCCCUCCCUCUCGGCUCAGGGGUGGGGCGCAUGCAGGCAUCCCUUCUCCAGCCAUGAAGAGAAGCCAGGCCCUGCUGCCGCCCAGCCCCAAAGUCCUGGCCAAUGGCUCCGGCCUUGAUGAGGAAGCCUGUUGUAAGGGCACCUGUUGCGCCCCCUCAGAAAUUUGCACCCCGGGUCACUGCCCACCACGCUACACCACUGGGCUUAAGGCUACUGAAAUAUACUCGGAGUCAAGAGUGGAUUUCAUGCUCUUUAUUCAGCUCAUAGUGGUGAGGAGGAAUGGAAGUUCACCCAGAAUGUCUGCUUUAUAUACAUUAUUUACACAAGGAGCCCCACGUGAUUGGCUAAUUCCGGGAUUCUCCUGUAGGCCAAUCAGGUUGCGGAUUCACUUCCACCUGUAGCUGGAUUGGGUGGCUCCUGCGGACCAAUCAGACUGCUGCAUUCUGGAUCCUAUUGUUCUAGGACAGGGGUCUGCAACCUUUAAGACAAAAAGAGCCACUUGGACCCGUUUCCGAAGAAAAAAAAAUUGGGAGCCGCAAAACUCGUCAUUAUAAAAAUAACUUUUUUGUCACUUUUUUAUUAUUUCUUUGUUUGACCCCUCAGAAUUACUCCUCCUCAUAGAAAUAAACAUAAAAUUAACAAGUUACCUUUUUGUGUGUGUGUGUUCUUCACUCCCCUUCAAAACAGUGACCAGCGUACAUGCCCCCUUUCAAUGCAGUGACCACUGUACAUGCCCCUUACAAUGUAGCGGGCGGGCGGGCAGGAAGGUGACGUCGGGACAGUGCGUGACUAACGCACCGCCCCCAUGCGACGUCACAGCCAGUACAGCGCCCGCCACAGUGGGGAGUGUCAGGGCGCACAAUGCGCCUCCUCCCCUCGCUAGUAUCCGCCCCGGAGCCGCGGCAAAGGUGUAAAAGAGGCACAUUCGGCUCCGGAGCCGCGGGUUGCAGACCCCUGUUCUAGGACCAAUCAGGCUGCCGCAUUCUGAAUCCUAUUGUUCUAAGACCAAUCAGACUGCUGCAUUUUGGAUCCUAUUCAACUCAGUACAUAACAGCUACCAUUCUUAUUUGUGAGUAAGCAGCUCAGAAUUCAGUGGACCUUCUGAAUAGGCAUAUGUAGGGGUGCUCCCUGAAAUGAGGGAGGCAAAUGAGGUGCUUGGAGGGAGAUAUCUAAAGACAUGAGGCCACCACUGAACCUUCCCUGCCUUCAUGCCCACCAGCCUGAUGGUUCUUAAUGGUAACUCAGAUAGCCCAACCAUGGAAGCUGGUUUUAGGACUCUAAACAUGUAGGCCAGGAAUGGGAAAACUGUGACCUCUGAAUAUUGCUGGAAACCAGCCAGUAUGGUCGGGGAUGAUGGGAAUUGUAAUCCUACAACUCCUGAGGGAUCACAGAUUCCCUGUCCCUGGUGUAGACAGUCACAGUAGUGAGAUGAACUGUUGCUAAUAUCCUAUUUAUACUAGUCGUGUUACCUUGGAAUGCUUUGUACCUAUUUAGUUCAUGGGAUUUGUGGUUUCAUCUUCUUCUCUGUCUUUUAUUGCAGACAGCUCUGAAUUUGUAUUAUCUCACUAUCAUUGGUCAUAGCCUUUCAAUAGUUUCACUUUUGAUUUCCCUUGGCAUAUUCGCCUAUUUUAAGUAAGUAUGAUUCUGUUUAUAUUUUGCUCUUCCCUGACUUUGUAUAGUUUUAUUAUUAUGGAAACAAACACUAAUAAAUCUCCAUGACAUAUAAAUCAUUCCAUUUCUCACGUCUAAAAUUAUUUUGAACAACUACUGGCAAUGAUGACUGUAAUUUUUACUGAUGCAUUCACAUUUAACAGUAAUUUACAUUGACCAUGUUUGAACAUUCAUUUCUCAGCUCAGUAAGCCAAAAUAUGAAUGAAUCUCUUCCCUGCCCAUACGGCUUGAUUGCUCCUCCCUUCAUAGCCUAAGCAAUGAAACCAGGAAGCCAUAGUUUCGUAUUUUAGCCUAGCCAGGAAACUAUGGUUAUCAGUAUCAAAACAAACCAGGAACUUAAACCAUGGUCUGAAGUUGUUUUAAUGCCAUGGCUUGUGGUGAAGUGCAGUAGCCAUAGUUUCCCGACUUGGAUGAAACAGGAAACGGUGGUUAAUUGGAAGCUUCCUAGUUUGAUUGCUUGUACUACAUUUUGCACAGGCAAAAUGCUUCCUCCUUUCUUGGUUUACUGUAUUCCAGCAUAUAACUGCAUUGCUACUGUUGCAAAUCUCUUGACCAUCCACAUUAAUUUCCUCUUGUCUAUGUUUCCUUUCAGGAGCCUGAGUUGCCAGAGGAUCACUUUGCAUAAAAAUCUCUUUUUCUCUUUUGUUUUCAACUCCAUCGUUACAGUCAUUUCUCUCACAGGAGUUGCCAACAACCAACAGCUGGUUAAAGCUAAUCCAGUAAGUGGGCAGGCCUUUGGUUGUUUUACUGUUUCAUAAGUAGCAGCCUUCCAGUCUCAAAAGUCUGAUAGGCAGUGCAAGUGAGUUUUUUCCCAGCAGAAGUAAUUAGAUGGCAAAUUUGAUACGUACAGAUUAGAUGGAGGGCAAGGUAGGGCUAUUCUGCUUUCCCUUUUUAUUCUGUCAUUCUGCCCGGACACUGAGGUCCAGCACCGAGGGCCUUCUGGUGGUUCCCUCGCUGUGAGAAGCCAAGUUACAGGGAACCAGGCAGAGGGCCUUCUCGGUAGUGGCGCCCGCCCUAUGGAACGCCUUCCCACCAAAGGUCAAAGAGAAAAAUAACUACCAAACUUUUAGAAGACAUCUGAAGGCAGCCCUGUUUAGGGAAGCUUUUAAUGUUUAAUAGGUUAUUGUAUUUUAGUCUUUUGUUGGAAGCCGCCCAGAGUGGCUGGGGGGACCCAGCCAGGUGGACGGGGUAUAAAUAAUAUAUUAUUAUUAUUAUUAUUAUUAUUAUUAUUAUUAUUAUACCUGACCUCGCUCCAGCUGGGUCACUGCUGCAUACCAGGAUGGAGACUGGAAAUGGCCAGGUUGGUGCAGUGCUAAAGCACCAGCAGAAUCAAUCAUGGCUCAUGCCAGCGCGUUUCCACCAUGCCAACCUCAUUGCAACCUCGUCCCUGCCCCUAUCCAUCCUGGGGCCUCCUGACCUUCAGAUCGUUGGAGAGCAUAGAUGGCUGCAUGGCAAGAGGACACAACAGGAAACUUUCCUUUUGCAAGUUUAUUUUAGCACCCAAGCCUAUAGCAUUAACACUUGGAAGUUACAAAUGUAUCUAUUUCAAAACAUGGCAGUUUGGAGAAUUAAAAUCUUUUUCUUCACAUUAAAAUUGAUGCCCAAAACAAUUCUUAUUUGGUUGUUUCUACUUUCCAAAUGAUUUGACGUCAUUCCGGUGGUAUUUUUCCCCCGUAGAUCACAUGCAAAGUGGCUCAGUUCUUCCAUCUUUAUUUGAUGAUCUGCAAUUACUUCUGGAUGCUCUGCGAAGGCAUUUACUUGCACACGCUCAUUGUGGUGGCUGUAUUUGCAGAAAAGCAGCACCUACUGUGGUAUUACCUUCUCGGAUGGGGUAUGCUAUUUUCCUCCUUCUUUUUCUUCUUAAAUCCCAAAGAUGUGCCAAUAUCCGCUGGAGAGCACAAGCAUAAUGGUGCUUUCAUUUAAGAGAUUUGCAAUGCCAUGGUUGAAGCAAGCCUGUCCCGAAGCACAUGGUUCAGGCCACGGAUUGAGACAGGUGACAGAUUGUGUGCCCAACACCCUCCCAUCCACCAAACACGAGGCCCAGGGCAGUCUUAAGCAUAUCCGGCGCUGUAGUGCAAAGAUCCCUCCAGCUCACCCCCUUUCCCACAGUUGUCGACCUUUUUUUAGGGCUGGAGGAGGCGGGCAGCGGCUGGAGGGUAGUUCCUCUGGCGGGGAAGAGGCAGAGGCUGGACGCGGCGCCUCCCGGCUCAGCUAGCUGCUUCGUGCCACAGUGGCCACAGCAGACAGCACACCAAGCGAGCGGGCCUGUGCCGAGGGAGCGAGGGAGCAUGUGCCACUCCCGCUGAGCGACGGCUCAGUAUUUUUCCCUUUUAGCCUUCUGGCACCCCACAGAAUUCGACGCCUGCAGGCUAAAGUGGGAAAAACUGAGCUGACGCUCAGCGGGAGCUGUACACACACCUUCGCUCACUCACCGCGCUCGUUCCGUGUUCCCUGGACGCUCGCCUGGCGCCCUCCCGCACCACUAGCCUCUAUGGGUAAGACAGCCCUGAUGAGGCCACCUCCAAAUGGCUGGCUGGCUGGCAUUUUGCUGCUCCUGCCAUCUACUAUUUGGUUGGCCCGUCUAAUACCAUCUGUUCCAGCUCCUCCCAACCCCCUAACUGUCAGGGACUGGGCAGUAUGCUGCCUUUCCAUAGUUGCAAUUAUGCUCAAGGUGGCUCACAACAUGACAAGAUUUACACAAUUACAAACAUAACAGGAGUCAUAAAGGGGAUAGUUUAACCUCUGGUUUGCUAGCAAAACUGAAUCGCUGUGUCACGAAAUUAUGCCUGUCUAAAAAGUUUGGAAAAGCUCUGCUCUAAGUGAAUUGAGGUCACCUUAGGAGAGCCUGCACCACAACCACUCGGUGGCUCCUGCAAAUUUUAGUUUAAUUUUGACAUCUUUUUCCCUCAUAUAUUCCUCAUUUUAAAAUGGCAAGUCAUAAUAAAAAUAAAUGUGUGGUCCAUUGGAGGCCACAAUAAAUCAGUAAGGAACGAAUCCUAAAAGCAAUGUAAAAAAAAAAACCAAAACCCAGAGGAAAUCCCCCAGGGGAGGGAUUUAUUAAAUGCAAAUUAUAUAACCACAUAAGGGACUCAGUCCCAAUGCUGUUGCCAUUCACCUUUGUCACUUUACAUUGUAAUUUGCGGACGUCGCAGCAAAGCAGUAAAGCAAGGGUAAACUUGUCCGUAAUUCCUCACUCUGAGGAGGGAUCUCUAAUUCAGAGGGUUUGCAUGGAGUGCACAGUGGGUGGGGGAGAAUGGAAGCAGGAGUUGGAAGAGGGAAGGAUAUGGGAGAAACAUCAGUCAUGGAUCGGGAAUAAGUGUUGGCUGAGGAAGGGACAGUGGCAACGACUCUCUCAUCCAGGACAUGGCUGGGAUUUCAAACAUGGAAUUGAGGUCCAGGGGGAAUUCCCGAGAGGUGGCGCUUUGUCCUGGAUCUUAGGCGAGUCAAACUUUCGGGGUGUCCUGGUUUUUACUUUUUGAAAUAUGGCAAUCUGCGCACCAGCUCUGUGUUCAAAGAUAGAAAAUCGGAAGUUGGUAGCCUUUCUGCUUUGUUCUCAUAGCUAAGAAAUAAAAGCAGAGUCAACUUAGAAUGUCAAGCUUCUUUGCCCCUUUGUUUUAGUCUGGCGAAGAAACCUUUGCCGUGGCAUUUAGGCAGCCAUCUUUAUCUUGGCUAAAAAAGACAGCGCACAUUUAGCCUAAUCAGGAAACAGCUCCUCUUUUGUGGAGAAAAAAUAGUCUUCUAUUGUGAAAAGGCAUUCUGGGGUAAUUAUUCAUUGUUUCUGAUCUCCGAGGUGUUUAUACAGGAAUGAGUGUUUGUUUUCAAAGAAGUCUCGCCAUUCCUAUGGUAGGAGGUCGAACCAACUUCUAUUUUUCCAGCAGUUCCUCUUGACCUGCUUUGUUCUCAGAGGAAAGCAAAAAAAUAAAAAAAAAUUAUUGAGAUGAAAAACCUGAUGCGGAGUAUUGAAGUAUUGAAGACUGUAGGCUGAAAUUUCUGAAGUUAAUCCAGUUAGCUUUUUGGACUUUUCUGUUUAAAGAAAAAUUAGACCCAUGUGAACUGCCUUAUCCCUGUGAGCAUAAACACUGGGGAACUUGAUCCACAAAAAGAGCCAAAUUCAAUUUGGAUUUAAGAUGGCUCCUGAUCCUAUCACAUGAGCUCUUUCGGUGACUCAGUGGCCCGUAGUGUACUAAUUGCUUAUGCCCCUCCUUCUUUGAAUUUUAGUUUAUUUUUAUUUUUCUUAUGGACCACAACAGCUUCCAUUGCUUUUUACUCUCCCAGGGUGUUCCACCUUUUAUCUGCUGUUCACACAGACAAACUAAGCAAACACCUCUUGCUCAAAACUGCAUCAUUGCUGCACUCUAGCAGGUUUGGUUAUUCUUCAAUUGGGAUCUGGCUUUUAGUGUGUCAGACUCUGACCUGUGGAACUUCCUGCCUCUGGAGAGAUUCAACAGGAACUAUCCCCCCAUCUUUCCGCUGGGGGGUGUGUGUUUAGACAAGCCUUUACGACAGAGCUUUCCAAACUUUUCAUGUUGGCUACACGCUUUUCACGACACAGCAAUUCAAUUUGACUAGCAUACCGGAGGUUAAACUAACCCCUUUCCAGCCUCGGGAGGAGCACGGGGAGUGUUCAUGCAAUGCACCUUCCUAGUAGAGCUGUGUUAAGAAUUUUAAGGUCUUAGAUAUGUAAUAAAUGUUCAUAAAUGUACCAAGCAAACAUGUACAUAAAUAUAUAAACCACAUGUCUGAAACCCCCACAGAAAAAAGUAUUGAACAAAUUGACCUCAAUUAUUUCUCUGCAAGGUCAAAGUGGGAAACCUCCCCAUUGUCUCUUUCCUCACAAAUCCUGUCUUAAGGGAACAUUUAAGAUAUGAAUAGGGUGUGAGCCUGUGACCUGGCCCAGGAACUAAGUAUUUAUCAUUACGAAAGACUGGCCAGGCUCCCCAGGCAAUCCAAUCAAGUGACCAUUAAACAGGUAACCUGGCAGACAGGAGGUAAGCAAAGCAGUCAGAUUUCCGCUGUAGACCGCCCUUUCUGUGAUGUAGGUAUGAUGUAUCUGGGAGUGGUCUUGGACUCCAAGGAGAGAAUUUAAAUUGUCUAUAUAAGGGCAGGCGUACACUUGUUCUGAGUUCCUCCUCCUUUCCUGCGUGUGAGGGGAGCACACUGUUGCAACAGAUCAAUAAAGAUCAGGCUUACUAGCUGCUUUGCUCCUCAAUAUUCUCUGGUUGGCCUCUGUUAUUUUCUCCUACCAAUAGGGAACCUACGUAAGGACUCUAUAUGGGCUUUUGGAUACCCCAUAAGGGGAAAAGGGGGAAAUUUUUGUUUACAACAGAGCCAACACACUAAUGUGUGGUUUGGAAAGUUCUGCUUUAUGACAUGCUUUUCUCCCUUUUAACUAUUCGGUAUUUAUUGAUAUUUAUAUAUGUUUCUAUGGAUCGUUUGUUGAUUUUAUCCUUAUGUGCUGUACUCUACCUUGCUAUAUAUUUUUUAAUUAUAAGUUUGUGAGUUAAUAAAAACACGGCUCCUUUGGAAGCCAUUUCCAGAUCAUGAGAUUUAAUAGCAGUGACGGCUGGGUUAUCUGUAGCUUGAGCAGAGCCAUCUGACCCCCUCGCUCCUGCCCCAGAGUGAGAACGCGGCUUGCUCUAAGCUGGAUCUUUUGGUCUUCAUUCUUAAAUGACUUUCUGCACCUUUAAGGCCCGAGGCUGCGAGGAAUCGGAUGAGGGUUCCGUUAUGUACCAUCACAGCCCUUCAGAAAGAGUAUCAGAGUAUCCUCUGAGAUUAUCAUACCAUCCUCCUGUGACCCUUUUCCCCAUGUACAAAAAUGCCACCUUGGUCAAAGGAACAAAUUCAAGGUCCUACCCCAGGCCAAAUGCUAAAGAUAAUCUGAAUAUGAUAAAUGAUGGUUUGGAGCAUCUGUUUUAAAGUAUGUGGCACAGCAUGGUGGGUAGCUUCCGAAAAUCUAUUUUUGUGCUUUUCGGAACCAUGUGCCUUAUUUUAAUUUUAAAGCUUUUAAUAACUAUUUAACAUAGACAUCCCUGACAGCUUUGAUUGACGCAGGCUCAGAUACACAGACGUUAUAAUGAGUCACUUUUAAUUAGACUCCACAGGGAUCAAUCGGAGUUUGAUUUAUCGUCUAGAAGGUGUCAGUGUUAACAUAAACGGUUUAAUUUUAAAUCAUUCUUCAUUUAUAAACAUGUCUCUCACCUUCCAUUGGCAUUAUAGAUUCGUUUUACUGAUUAGAAGGGAACUGCAAGCUAAGUCUAAAUAGCUAGUUCAGAAUUUGGGGACUCAGCUGCACAGCUGCAAAUAAAAGGUUUUAAGUGUGUUGUAAAGUGCAAUAUACAAAAGUGACACUAGAUGGCAAAAGUGAGCUAUGGAAAUUCAAUGUAUUUUUUAAAACAUUUUUUUUAAAAAGCAUUUUCACAGGUGGUUUUUAUAUCUGUGUAAGGAUGCUUCAAGGGACGCGGGUGGCGCUGUGGGUUAAACCACGGAGCCUAGGACUUGCCAAUCAGAAGGUUGGCGGUUCGAAUCCCCGUGACAGAGUGAGCUCCCGUUGCUCGGUCCCUGCUCCUGCCCACCUAGCAGUUUGAAAGCACGUCAGAGUGCAAGUAGAUAAAUAGGUACCGCUCUGGCGGGAAGGUAAACGGCGUUUCCGUGCGCUGCUCUGGUUCGCCAGAAAUGGCUUAGUCAUGCUGGCCACAUGACCCGGAAGCUGCACGCUAGCUCCCUCGGCCAAUAAAGCGAGAUGAGCGCCGCAACCUCAGAGUCGGCCACAACCAGACCUAAUGGUCAGGGGUCCCUUUACCUUUACCUUUAAGGAUGCUUCACUGAUGCAGCACUUACAAUUCACCCUUUCCAUCAUUGCAGGGGUAGCAAAACUUGGUGCCAGCCCAUUUGUAAUUAGUUUUCUUUUGUUUUGGGUAAACAAAACAAAACAAAUCCAUAAACACUGAGGAAGAAAGUUUGUCCGUGCUUUUCUUUCAUGGGCUCCACUCCAGCAAAGCACUUAAAAGUUUGCCUAACUGCAUGUGAAAUCUGGGAAAAUUCAUGGGCUUAGCAAUUGAAUUUUCAAUCUAUCCUUCUGGCCAUAUUCAGGCUAAGAUCACAUUUGAGUUACCAAGUAACUUAAACAGGCUUAUUCAAUCAAGUGAGGUUUAUUAAAUAAAAGAAUCGGUUCUGCCAAAACUGGAGCUUGAACAAACAACAUCUUUUCAUUUCCCAAACAGAAAUUGCUUUGCGGUUCUCUUGAAGAAUUCCAGAUGGGCAACUGCGGAGCAAAAACAACAAAGAGUCCUAUGACACCUUAAAGAUUAACAGAUUUAUUGGGGGAUGUGUUUUCAUGGGAUAGAGGCUGCUUUUGGUGACUAGGAGCGGCCACCGAGACCAUAUAACACCGGUCUUGAAAGACCUACAUUGGCUCCCAGUACGUUUCCGAGCACAAUUCAAAGUGUUGGUGCUGACCUUUAAAGCCCUAAACGGCCUCGGUCCAGUAUACCUGAAGGAGCGUCUCCACUCUCAUCGUUCUGCCCGGACACUGAGGUCCAGCACCGAGGGCCUUCUGGCGGUUCCCUCACUGCGAGAAGCCAAGUUACAGGGAACCAGGCAGAGGGCCUUCUCGGUAGUGGCGCCCUCCCUGUGGAACGCCCUCCCACCAGAUGUCAAAGAGAACAACAACUACCAGACUUUUAGAAGACAUCUGAAGGCAGCCCUGUUUAGGGAAGCUUUUAAUGUUUGAUGUAUCACAGUAUUUUAAUAUUCUUUUGGAAGCCGCCCAGAGUGGCUGGGGAAACCCAGCCAGAUUGGUGGGGUAUAAAUAAUAAAUUAUUAUUAUUAUUAUUAUUAUUAUUAUUAUGCCAGAUGGUCACAUAUCUAGACUUCUUCCUGCAUCUGAUCAAGUGGGCACUAAUCUACGGAAUCUUGUCUCACAAGAAAUUUGUUUUUAGGGUGUUUCGGGACAUUUUGUUCAAGGAAAUUCAAGUUUGUACAUGAUUAUUUAUUUUUUUUAAUGUUGAUUCCGCUGGCACGGAAUAACAUCAAGGUAAAUUACGGCGUGGCAUCACUUGACUCGGGCGCGUGCUCCUAUCUGCCAAACAAACUUCUGUCUUGUUUUGAUGAAUAAUACACUAUUAUCCUCAUGGUAAAGAUCUGGGAACGGAAGAUCAGGUGGUCUUCAGGUUAUAGCCAGAGCCCCUAGUUGAACUGGAAUUCAAAAUAGGGACAGGUAGUUUGCCCGCACAGAGUUUGGUGCUCCCUCCAGUGUUUCUGUUUGUGUAUGGCUUCGGAGAGUUUAGAUUUGGUAGGCUCACCUUUAAAUGUGAACAGAAUCCUCGAUCCCCAGUUGCUAAGAAGUCAUUCAUUUUCAUGCAGAGCUAGGGUGCAUAGCUGUCAACCGUCCCUUAUUUGGCGGGAAACUCCCUUAUCCCAGCGCCGUGUCCCGCUGCUGUCCCUUAUUGAUGAUGUCCCUUAAAUUUCCCGGGUUUCAAAGGAAGCAGCAGAUCUCCCUCCCUCCCUGCCGGCCAGGGAGGAAGGAGGCUCCAAUUGUGUUGCUUGGCUGCGUUGCUCACCCAAUAAGGAGUCUAAGAACGACUGGGGGGUGGAGCUUGCAUGCCUUGUGCCAAUCAAAUCGGCCGCGUUGCCUGGGGACUCGCCUUUGCUCAGCGCUUCCCAGCGGAGAGGUGACGGUGGUUUUCCUUGCUGCAUCCCCUUUGUCGGGUUGCUGCGCUGGGCUUUCUGCCUUUGGCUCGGAGGGCUCAGAAGUUGAACCUACCUGUGCUAUGAAAAUCCCUUAUUUUCAAGGCUGCUGGUCCCUUAUUUUCAAAUCUGUAAAUUGACAGGUAUGCUAGGGUGAUCCAGGGCUUUUUUUCAGCCAGAUCUCGGUUCCGGCACCUCUCAGGUGGUCAUUCUAAGAGGACGAGGGAGGUGUUCAUGGCGAGUUCCAGCACCUCUUUUCCCAGGCAAAUAGCACUGGGAUGAUUUCCCCAUUUUUGUGCACUUGCUUUGGAUGGAAGUUCUAUACUAACCCAGCCGCUCUUGUUCCUGUUGUCUUUCCUCUGGCCAACGUCUGCUUCCUCUCAGUUUUGCUGUCUGGCAGCUAAAGCUGAGGUCUUUUUGACAAGAAGGGAAAUGAGGAUGAUCUCAUUCUCUGGCCAAUGGCUUGGGCCAGCCUGGACUUCCGUUGACCACAACCUUCUUCAGGGGAGAAGGUGACCUCUCAGCGGCCCUUAUUCCUGUGGCAGCAGAGGAAUCCUUGCUGCUUCUUUUUCUUAGUAACGAAGAUCCCAUUUUCUCUUUGCAGGAUUCCCGCUCAUUCCGGCCUGCAUCCAUGCUGUAGCAAGGUUCCUAUAUUACAACGACAAGUAAGUCAAAACGCAAUUCAGCCUUCUAUCUUUGGAACAAAUCUCAAGAGUGCCUCUUAUGAGCGAGAAGACAGAUUCUUCUUCUUCUUCCCUAAUUCUGAUUUCUUCUUCUCCCUUGCAGCUGCUGGAUCAGUUCAGAGACUAAUCUAUUGUACAUCGUCCAUGGUCCUAUUUGCGCUGCUCUAUUGGUAUGAAUUUUUAAAAUAUUGUAUUUUUUUAAAAAAAUCCUGGUUUUAUGUCUUGGCUUUCCUGAGGACCAGCAUGAUUUCCUACUUAAAAGGGAGUAGGCCUUAAAGCAGGGGUUGGCAGCCUGAGUCCCGGGUGCUGAAUUUGUCCUUCUUCAUCUGUCCCUUGGGACACAUAAAUCUGGCAAGAUGAACCUGUUUAGAUAGAUGGAGACAAUAUUCCUUCUCCCCAUAGGUUUACAGUCCAACUUCUUGCCUGAGUUUGGGGUUUUUGGUAGUGAUGAUCCACACGCACCGUGUGUGUGUGUUUGUGUGCGUGUGUUGUUAGUUAUUAUAUUUCUGCUAACUAGAUUCUCUGUAAGAAGAAUACUUGCUGAAAAGUUUCAGUGUUCUGGACAGUGGAUGGAAAAUGGCCUGCUUUUAUAUUUCAUCAAAUAAUUUAUUUUGAUAUUCACUACAAUUUUAACUGCCAAAUAGUUUUUAUUUUUUAAAAAAAUACUUAUUGACUGCAAUUCUGCAGCUGCUUUGAGGCUGGCUGUCAGCACAAGUGCAAGAGGGGAAGAUCAACAGUGGAACAGAGGCACCCUUGAGAAGUGGUGGACUCUCCUUCCAUGGAGGUUCUUAAGCAGAGGUUGGAUGGCCAUCUGACAUGGAUGCUUUCGCUCAGAGUCCUGCAUUUCAGGGGGUUGGACUAGAUGACCCUUGGGGUCCCUUCCAGCUCUACAGGCCUAUGAUUCUAUCAUCCUCAGGCAGAAUUAUACUUACGCCACCAGAGGCCCAUGUGUACCCAGAAAUCUCCAUCAACAUAGAUGUUCUGCUCGCUGUGUUCCACCAACAGCCAAAAUGAGCUUGUGUGUGUGUGUCUACUAGAGUAGCCAAUAAUCUUCCAUUUCCCCUGAAAUGCCCCCCAAAAUUGGAAAAUUCCCUACUACUACUGCCACAAUCCUGCCCUGGCUUCCAUAAACUGGCAGAGCUGUGCAUGCUGCGAUUGUUCUGCCAUGGAAUUGCCCGCAAUCCAAUAGGAUUUUCACAGUGAGUUAUGGAGCCUCACCCAAAACAAGUGUGUCGAUACCGUAUGACAAAAUUUAUCCAUGUUAACACUGUCCUUCUGCUUCCCUUGUAGGUGAAUCUUUUUUUCCUCUUGAACAUUGUGCGAGUGCUGAUCACCAAGCUAAAGGUCACCCACCAAGCAGAAUCUAAUCUCUACAUGAAGGCCGUCAGAGCCACCCUCAUUUUAGUGCCACUUCUGGGCAUCGAAUUUGUACUGUUUCCCUGGCGGCCCGUGGGCCCUAUCGCCGAAGAGAUUUAUGACUAUGUGAUGCAUAUCCUUAUACACUAUCAGGUAUCAAACCUGCAUGUGGAGUUUGCACUUGGGGGUACAGGAAUGUCAAAAAAGAAAAUAAAAAAGGAGUGAUGUGCUCGUGAUGAUCAAUAACUGAUCCAAAUGCCCCUUGCAAGCCUUGUCAGAUGCAUUCCAAUUUUUGGUUUUGUUUAAGCACUGACGAUAGGGUGGCGCUGUGGUGUAAACCACUGAGCCUUGGGCUUGCUGAUCUGAAGGUUGGCGGUUCGAAUCCCCGCGACGGGGUGAGCUCCCGUUGCUCAGCCCCAGCUCCUGCCAACCUAGCAGUUCAAAAGCACAUCAAAGUGCCAGAACCCCAUAGUCGCCUUUGACUGGACUUAACCGUCCAGGGGUCCUUUACAUUUUUAACCUUUACUUUAUACAAAGCUGAUUCACAAGGAUUGGGGAGGGGAGCAGACAGUUGUUUCAACAUUUCCUUCCUCUAAGAAUAAUGUGCCCUCCACUUUGCACAAUUUUGCAAGGCAGAAGAAUUUGAGCAGCUGUGUUUGUAUAGUUGGACCAUAGCCUCAAAACAUACUUCCCUCUACCCUGCAUUUAGGCCCUGACAUUCCUGAAAAUUAGCUUUUUUCAACUCUUUACCAGUUACUGCUUUGGCACCUUUUUUUUUUUUUAAGGACCUUCUUCCUAUUAACCAGAUUUUUCUGUUCGAUGGUGUUUCCAGCAUUCGCCAACUGGGUGAGCUCCAGAUGUUUAGGACUGCAACUCCACUCAGCCCAAGUUAGAAUGAAGUUAGCAAAGGCUGGUGAUGGCAAGAGAAAAAUAUUCAGAGUGAGGGCCUCACUAGAAAAAAAGGGCAACCCCCCCCUUUAAAAAAAAAUUAAUACACAUUUAUUCAAAAGUUACAAUACAGCUUUUUCCACUGUCAUAUAAUAUCACAGAAUGAUCGCUCCAAACUUUAAUCCCUCGUCACUGUCAUGUUGGCUCACUGAAUACCCUCAGUAGGAACCCAACUACCGAUCUGGUUUGCUAGACGUUUCCACUUAAUAUAUUCCCCGCACAGACACCUCUGGUGGCAUUAAAAUAUCCUGUUCUUCAAUAAAAGAGAAUGGCACCAACGUUGCAGAAAAUCAGAGCUCAAAGCAGCCAAGAACCAGUGCGAGAAAAUGUGUCCCUCUGAGUUUCUGAAUCACCCUUACUUGCAUCUGAAUUUUAUUAAGUGCAUUUGUCUCAUUAGAUUUACAGCUUAUUGUUUUGUUCCACAGGGCUUGCUGGUGGCAACCAUUUUCUGCUUUUUUAAUGGCGAGGUACAGUAACUGAUUUCUUUACUUUUACAAAUGAAGGUUCCUUCAUAUCAUGAUACAUUUGUGUGAAAUGCUCGCUGGCCCUUGCUUCCAUUUUCCACCACAAAGCUGAGGAGAAACAUUUCUUGUAGCCCUAUGAACUCUGUGUACAUGGUUGUUUGCCGUACUAUUUGGUACCAUUGGUCCGUGCUUACUCCUGACAGGUCUCUCCAGUGUCUGGUUAUGGUGUUUCUGGCUGCUGAAAGUAGGUGGGUUGUGAGUUAUUUGUGGUGUAAAUGGGCAUUAUUGUGAUAAUGGGGUGAUUUCUAAUACUUGUAACCAAUAAACUGAAACUGACACGGGGACAAAUAGAAGAAGACGCCUUCAGCCCAGUAUGGCUUCCUUUUAUCACAUACACAGCCGAACAAGACAAUGACAAAAAUCCACCUACAGCAUACAAAUCAAUAUAGCUAACCUGAUCCAAAACACCCACCCACCCCACUCACACAUGAAAACAAAGACCACCACAGCCAACCACAAACAGACAACCACACCCUAGGCCAACCUCUCUCACCAUCAAAGGAACACAAGUGAAUAGCACAAAACCUACACAAGCAACGCUGACACAAAACCCUACAUAUAUUAAGUAUACAGUGGUACCUCGGGUUAAGUACUUAAUUCGUUCCGAAGGUCCGUUCUUAACCUGAAGCACCACUUUAGCUAAUGGGGCCUCCUGCUGCUGCUGCGCCGCUGGAGCCUGUUUUCUGUUCUUAUCCUGAGGCAAAGUUCUUAACCUGAGGCACUAUUUCUGGGUUAGCGGAGUGUGUAACCUGAAACGUAUGUAACCCGAGGUACCACUGUAAUAGAAACACAGCCACCCAACCCCACCCAUCUCUCCCCCCCCUCCUUUUCCCCUUCUUCUUCCUAAUGCCUCAACAAAUGAAACGGAUCUGUAAAAAAUGUUACUGGGAGGAAAAAAGAGAGAUAGAGACAUUGCACAUACUUCUUGUAAACUAAGAAAAUCUUUAAUAAAAAUACAUUUAAAAAAAACACUCUGUGUACAUAGUGAGCUGCUAUGCACAAAAGACUCAAAAUGUGGGACAGCUUCCACAUAGCUGGGUUUUGAUCAGCUCCCACAGUGGCCAUUUCUUCAUGUACCUCACAAACUACUUGGUCCUCCUGUGCAAGCUAGGGUUAUCGGUCUCCUUUAGUCAUUUGCUACAGAAAACGGAUGUUGAGAUGAGAUGGAAAAUCCCUUUUGAAGAAGGAAAUACACUUCCGUACCAUUCAGUACUAGAUUCACAGAGGAGUGGUAAUACCACUGAGAAUCUGUUACCAAUAAAUGGAUUCCUGGAAUUAUGUGGCUCAAAUUCUAAGUUAAUUUAAGGACGUUUGUGGAAGGAAAGUUUCCCUUCCUCUGAGACCAGCAGCUACUUACACACACCCCAAAAAAACCCUUUCUAGUGGGGGGGAGUGUCAGGGGCCCAUUUGGGAUGGGAUGCAGGGAACGGAAGGGGUGGGAAAGUGAUGGGAAACUUUCCUCCCAUGGACUUCCUUAAAUUAUAUUGAAACCCCAGUUUAUAUAAGCAGCUGUGGAAACACACGGAUAUUUCUGUUUCCUCCAGUAUGAUGAAUGUGCAGCAAUGCACCGCUUCUGCCUCACCGAGGGAGGGGGGGCAGGAUAGCAACUGAAGCCUCUCCCCAUAAGAAAGAGAAGCCAAAAGAGGACACGGUUGUGCGUACAAUUUGCACAUGCAAUUUGCAUGAUGUGCAAAUUUAGACAUCACAACGAUCUUUUAAACAGAAUUCCAGUACAUCCCACCAUAGUAAGGAAGACCAUGAGCAAGGUGACUGGUGUGAGAACGGAAUCUGCUUCUCACAGCAGCUUCAGGCUCCCUCCUGUGUGGUGUAGUGGUUAAGAGCGGUGGACUCGUAAUCUGGUGAACCGGGUUAGCUUCCCCGCUCCUCCACAUGCAGCUGCUGGGUGACCUUGGGCUAGUCACACUUCUUUGAAGUCUCUCAGCCCCACUCACCUCACAGAGUGUUUGUUGUGGGGGAGGAAAGGAAAGGAGAUUGUUAGCCACUUUGAGACUCCUUCGGGUAGUGAUAAAGUGGGAUAUCAAAUCCAAACUCUUCUUCUUCCUGCUCCUCCUUACUAUGGUUGUUUAUCUUUAAACCCAACUCAGACAGGAAAACCCUUCAAACAGAGGGCGCCUCUAAACAGAAGACUGACAGCCUUUCAAAUAGAUGGUGGCCCUCUAUGAAGUGGGGUACAAGGCCACUCUAAAUGGGGGUGGUAUUAUAAUACUAGCGUAGGGUUGCCAUAUUUCAAAAAGUAAAAACCAGGGCACCCCAAAAGCUGUUGGGUUUUUUUCUUUUUUAAAAUAAAAAUGCCAAAAAAUCCACAAUUUUUCGAUCAACUUGCCUAAAUCCAGGACGAAGCGCCACCUUUGAAAUCCCAGUAAUGUCUGGGGAAAUCCAGACUUAUGGCAUUGUUCGGGAGCUGAUUACUUUUUAGCAUCAUUCUGCACACAUAGCACAACAUGAUGACAUUCAAUCUUUCUCUUUUUUUAGUGGGUAUUUAUUUAUGGUUAAUGAGUUUUCCAAAAAUUGCACAUAAAAUUCCAAUACACAUUAUAAUAAAAUUUAUUUUUUCUUUUUAACUUCCCAACCCAUUUUCUGUGAUGUUAUUCUUAUCCCCUCUUUGCUGCACCUCAUCUUCCCUUUUUUUUCAUCAUUAUCAUGACACAAUAAUCUCACAUUCUUUCUGUUGCUCGUAGCUCGAAGCCUGGUCGCGGCUUCCUCAUAUUGUAAUAUUUCUUCAAAUAAUCCGAAAAGGGAUUCCAUUCUCCCCACACACAAACACCUCCCAAAAAACCCAGCCAUCAUUAAAUUAUCUUAUUUUAGCUUUGCUGAUUCAACAUAGCCCUUUACUUUCCUUAUCCGUUCUUAUUUAGUGGGAACUUCUUCAUCUUUCCAUUUCCGAGCAUAAGGUAUCCUAGCUGCUAUCGCGUCCAAUAUUUGACAAAGCAGAUUCAGUAACCUUCCACUCCCGAUGUCAACGGUUCUUUGAGGGGAUGGGUUCUGCAUACCUUUUGCCAAGGCUGCUGCUAAACUCUGCUUCCUGUUGCACAGGUGGCCUCCCAUAUUGUAUAAACGGAAACUAUUGUAAAACAGAACAUCCUUCCAUAGUCCUUCUACAAACAAACGCAGGCCUCGUGUGCCUUCAUCUGUUUUAUCCCAUGUAUUUUUAAACAAGGUAGGAAAGCAGACAGAGCUCCAUUCAGGAAGCGGCGUUUCCAUCAACGCCACAAAAAUGUGAAUCACGUUUGCUGAUUGAAAACUCUUGCCAGAUUAUGCAGAUGCAUAACGUUUAGGAUGCUAUGGUGCUUUAAAUCAUGCUGAACAUCUCACGUUGGUCAACGUGUUUUGGGGAUAUUUAUUGUUUCCAUUUGUACAGAGGUCACCAGGCAAUCUCCCACCCAGGGGUCACCAGGUCCAGGCCUACUUAAUUUCAGAAACUAAACCAGAGGGUUUCAGCCUUUUCGAGUCCAUGGCUCCCUUGACCAACAGCAUUCUUUGUGUGGCUCCCCUUGAGUCAGUGCAUGAGGAAGGAUUCCACCAUUGUGUCUGUUGCUGUUCACACUGAGAGGAGGAAUAAAUAAAAAAUUGUCCAGUAGCACCUUAGAGACCAAUUUAAGGUCCUACUGGACAAAUUUUUAUUUAUUUUGACUGUGUCAGACCAACACGGUUACCUACCUGAAUUGAGGAGGUGGGAGAGCCAGUCCAUGGUAUCAGUGCCUCCGGUCCUUGAGCCCCUGCGUAAUUCAAAUAUAUAACCUAUUCAAAAUUAGGAGCACAAGGUGAAGACAGUGCCAGAUUAUCAAAUAAGCAGAGUAGGCACUAGCCUAUGGGUCCUAUGACAGCCGAUCAAAAUAAUAUUGAUUUGACCUUGAAAUUGGUUUAUUAAAAUUCUUUUUUUUGUUUUUUUUAAAAAAACACCAACAUAUUAGGAGAUAAUUUGCUGGGGGAGGGGGCUCCACGGGGUUUAAUCCGGCACUGAGCGAGGAAAGCAAAUGUGUGCCAUUUUCUAUGUUUCGAUUUCUGGGAAUGGAGUUGAGAGAUGACCUAACCUGGGGAGAAAACAGCAAAGACCUGAUGAAGAGAGCACAGCAGAGGUUAUAUUUUCUGAGAAUCCUCCAGAAAAAUAAUCUCUCAAAGGACCUGUUGAUGGCAUUUUACCAUUGUACUGUUGAGAGUGUAUUAACUUAUGGUCUGUGUGUGUGGUUUGGGAGCUGGACGGUCAGGGGAAAAACAAUGUUGUCCAGGGUUGUAAAGACUGCAGAGAGAAUAAGUGGGUGCACUCUUCCCACCUUGGAUCAAAUCUAUGCUACCAGGUGCCAUAAGAAAGCUGCAGAGAUAGCGCAGGUUAGUGCACACCCUGGAAAUGAUCUCUUUCAGCUUCUGCCUUCUGGAAGAAGGUACAGGGUUAUAAAGACUAGGACUAGCCGCCUGAGAAACAGUUUCUAUUCAAAUGCGAUUUUGGUUUUAAAUGCAGUGUAAGGUAGUCUCUAUGGGAGUAUAUUGUAUUUAAUUAUGGGUUAUCAGAGUUUUUAGGGGGCUAACUAGGCUGGGAUAGCAGGCUUGUUGGUUUCUGAAUGUCUGAUGUAGAUUUUCAAUUCCGUUGUUCUGUAUGGGACAAUGACAAUAAAGAUUAUCGUAUCGUAUUUCUGAUAUGGCACCUGAGGCAGCCAUCUUUGUCAACCUGUUCUCUGUCCCCUUCUUCCCUGAAAUAGGUCCAGUCUGUUCUGAGGAGACACUGGAAGCAACACAGGAUCCAGCUUGGGCACAGCUUUUCUCACUCAGAUGCCCUUCGCUCGGCUUCCUACACAGCCUCCUCGAUCGUCGAUGGUCAAAGCUUCAGCUACAAUCGUGAGUGCUUCCUACACAACCCGCCUUCCUACACAGCCUCCACGAUGGUCGAUAGUCAAAGCUACAAUAGCGAGUGCAACUGGGAACAUACGAACGGGAAAAGCAUUUACGACACGGAAAACGUUGUUUUUAAAGCCGAAAAGCUGUACGGCUGA